CGUUAGCAUUUCCCUGCGAGGACCUUGUAGUUAUUUAGGUCACGUGAACAGCAUUGUCCAAUUGUAACACUUCAUCCCAGUGAGCGACAGCGUAGCCGAACAAUAAUAUAAACAAGAUUAUUAGAGCGAAAAAUGAAGUCGACUGCAGCUAAGGUUCUGAUAAAAUUUCCCUCUCCGGUGUUUUGAGCAUUCCGUUUUGCAAUUAAUCUAGCUGAGAGAGUCAAGCUAUACCAGUUGGCCUAAGGAAAUAAUUCACUUUUUGAGAACCUACGGCAGCUUUUGAGCUAGCAAAAUUGUAUGCGAUGGCUUAGCGUAGCUUGGUUGCUUGUUAAAUUUGGUUGAAAAAUAGAGGUUUAUCAUGUAACCUACCGUUAGCUAAAAAUGUCUCGUAAUUUAGAUUUGAAUUUUUUACGUCCCAGUUAUGUUGCAUGGUCAGUUAUGCAAUCUGCGUUGAUUUAUAAAUUGUCGCAAAUUAGCUUGCUUGGCAGCUUGUAAAUGUAACUCAACCCAUGAAUCGUUGGUUGCCAGAGGAAGGCUAAUGGUUUAAGUAUGCUACGAUGUUCAAAAAUGUGUUCGGGUCAGGAUUUCUUGUGAGGACUGCACACGUUAUUCUGACAUGGGUGAUAACGUUGAUUCUAUUCCUGCACGACACCGACCUCAGAAAGCAAGAGGAGAGGGGGGAGCUCGUAAAACCGGUGCUCUUCGUGCUGCUGGUUCUCGUGUCGGUGCUUCUGUAUUUCGCGGUUUCGCUCAUGGAUCCGGGUUUUGUUCUCUCUGACGACAGCGACGCCCAGUUUGCCCUGGGCGUCACAGAAGAGCAACAGGACAUGAUCCCCCAUACCCCAAAGUCGUUAAGGCUCCGUCGUUGUGGUCAUUGCUUAUUGCAGCAACCAAUGAGGUCCAAGCACUGCCAGACGUGCCAGCACUGCGUGCGGCGCUACGAUCACCACUGCCCAUGGAUCGAGAACUGCGUGGGUGAGAGGAACCACCGCUGGUUCGUGCUCUACCUGGCCGUUCAACUUAUUGUCCUGCUGUGGGCUUUUUACAUGGCCUGGUCCGGCUUCACAUUGGCCUCAACGUGGCAGGUGUGGCUCCGGACCAAUGGCGUCCUGCUGGGGGCGACCACCCUGGUGGCUGUGCUCUCCCUGACCGUGCUGCUGCUGCUGGGCUCACACCUCUACCUGGUGUCCCUCAACACCACCACCUGGGAGUUCAUGUCGCGCCACCGCAUCUCCUACCUCAAGCACUGCGGGGCCGACGAGAACCCCUUCGACCGCGGCACACUGCGCAACCUUUGGGGCUUCUUCUGCGUGUGGGGGAUCGUGGUGUGGGAGAAGGUGUACUUCCGGGAGGACAACGACCCCAUCUAAAUGGGAGAUGUAUCCAUUUACCCCCUGAGUGUUGUUUGCACGCUUAGAAGUGAAAUGUAGACUCCAAAAGAAACACCGGCCCUUUAGGACUUGUCCUUAUUUCCACACUUCUUUCCUCCUUUUUCCUAAAAGAUUUUUCGUCUUGUGGAAGAAGUCUUUAUACAGUGUGAGAAGAAAUCGAUGGUGCCACAGGGAUCAAUUAAGCAGACAUGGGAAGGAGCAGAUCAGUACUGUACAUGAUGGUGUUCUCCGUUGCGCACUUUGUAAAAUCCAAAAAGCUGCUGCUUUUGAUGGAUUCUUAUAUCUUGUAAGGGAGGGUUGAUUUGGAUAUGAUCUACAAAGACAGAAAAGAGGUCUAUGUCUAUAAGAACAAAAAUGCACAAAAAAGGUCCGACCUACUAACCCAUGGUACAGAAGACUCCCCUCCUUUGGUACAGUUGCUUUAGGAUGGUAUUUAACGUGGUCAGACCGCAUGCCACAUAAGCAUUGAAAUCAAACCUUCUUCAGCACUUCUCUGUGUGUUCGAUGACUGGCAUGACUACAGUGUGCAGCAGAACAAUAUUAAUCCAGCCUACGUCUUUAAACAGUUUGUGUGUGAACAGAGUAUUUUCUAGCUGUUUCAGAAAUGGCUUCUCACUGUUAGUUUACCUGUAAAAUGUGCAGUGGUUGGAAAAGUCUCCACAACAGAAACUCAAAGCUGCCUUGCUAGGAUGAACAGGGUCCUGAUAGAAUCUCAGCCAGCAAGUGGCAAGUCAGCUGUCAAAACAACUGUACAUUUUGUCUACGCAGAAAAGACUGAAACCUUUUCUAUAAUUCACAAUCUAUGUUUACUGUACAUUCCUACAUCUUUGAAAACAUUUUACAGUAACGCAUUUUUUGUAUCAGAAAUUGUGUACUGUUGCGUUUCUCAAUCAGAUCCUUGGUGUGAGACCAACAAAAAAUCAAUCUUCAAACUGUACCAAAUCAAGUGAAACAAGAUCACUUUAGUUAUUUAUGCAUAUCGGUGUUCGGUAAACUCUUCCAGUUUCCCUAGCAAGCAUGAUGCCACUUCUACCAGCCUAGUUCUGAGGACAUGUGGAGUAGAAAGCCAGAGACUCUGUGGAAAAGAGCAGAACUGCAGUCUGUGGUGUGUUGUGUCCCCUCAUCAAGACAGGUCCCUUCUGUGCAAUAUAGCAGUCAUUGAGGUUUGAGUGAAAGCAAUAAUUGCAAUGUUUCUAAGCCUGUUUUGCUGUUUGAGUAACUUUGAUAGAAUUUGCACUGUGUUUUGCAUCAUUGAUAUGUGUUUGCUAUCUAGUUCAGUUUGUCUUUAUGCAAUAUUACAUUGUGACAUGCAAUAUUUAUGUUUUUUUGUUUUGUUGGUUUUUUUUUUUAAACAAAAUUUGCAAUUUCAGUAUUAAUAAACUGAACAUUAUUGGUCAA